ACCCGACAGUCAGAGGUCUGGGGGUCUGCUGUAUGACCUUGCGGUGUUUGUAAACAGAUACACGUUGCUAUUGCAAAGUGUUGAGAAUACGAUAGAAUCAAGAUUUAACAAAGCGUGUCACGAAAAAUUUGCUUGAGAAACAACGAGAAGGAGCAAAUUCACGGGGAUCAUGGAAGUGGAGCCUAUGUGUAUCGUAGAAAAUGAGACGGAGGGAUCUCGCGGUGAUCGGAAAGAGGGGGGUAAGAGGGGACGCAAGCCUGGAAGGAAGGCGUCCGACAAGACGGACAUGAAAGCCAAGCUCGAACGAAGUCGACAGAGCGCGAGGGAGUGUCGUGCUCGGAAGAAGCUAAGAUAUCAGUAUCUUGAAGAGCUGGUAGCCGACCGCGAAAAGGCUGUGCUCGCACUUCGAAGAGAGCUGGAGAUGUAUCGGCAGUGGGGACAGGAAUUGGACGCCGGACGAGUUCCCGAAGGGCUACAAGCGAUGCUGGAGGAGCUCGGCUCUCUGAAGCGGGAGAAAGCGGUCAACUAACCGAACAAGAAAGACAGAAAGAGAAACACGAGUCAGAAACAUCGAGCUCUGCCAUCUUUUUUUGCUUUUAUUCAUUUUAUCGCGAUAGUCGAACUUCCUCCCGUAUUCCUGGUUAUUCUUUCGACCGAAAAAGUCCGCGCGGAAGAAUUCAGAUUCUUUUCAACGACUCGUUCGAGUUCUGUCUUGCGUUUUUGUACGGAAGAAGUCGUUGAAAAAAAAAGAAAAAGAAAAAAGAAAGAAAAGAGAGAGAAGAAAUUCUAUCUCGUCCAGACUUACGAUUCUGUCCCACUUUUACCUAGUCUUUGUACGUUCUCCUCUUAUCAUGUUCUUCUUUGGAGGAGAAAUCGAUUCGGCGUCGUUGUUUCUCUAGUUAUUAUUAUUGCGUUUUGUUUUUGAUACUUUACACAGAAAAUUCAUUCGUGCCUCUUGUUACUUGUGAUCGAUUAAGUUAACAAACUUAUUGUCCUUGUUUUAUUAUCGUUGCGACUCGACGAUAUAAAAACAGACCCGGUCAACGGUGACCAGGUACUCGUUGUACCGAAAAGUACCUAAAAGAAGUACCUUCUCUAACGAUUGUUAAGAAGAGAGAAAGAGAUGAAAAUUAUAUAUCUUUGUUACGCGUCGAUGAAGAACGGCCGUUCUGUAUCAUAACGAAAAGAAAGUGAUGAAGUACAUAUUUGCUUGUUCCGAGACUCUGUCAUAUAUUAUAUAAUAGUAGGUGUACUUGUUGAGCAAUCUAGAUCUCGUUUCUUUCAAAUUAUCUCCAGGUGCGUUUUCUUCUAUUCUGAUAACACAGCCGUGUGUACACGACCGACAAAGAUUAUCUGUAUGGAAAUGGUAUUUUUGUACUGUCGUAUAAAACGCUAUUAUUUUGUGCAGAUUAUUGAUAUUGCGAGAAACUUGUUCAUAUACAUAUAUCUGGGAAAAGAAGUCUAAGGAUUGAAUAAAUCGAAUAUUUUUAAACAAA